CAGGAAAAGAACACGACGCAGUGCAACAAAGGGGGGGCAAUCACCAUUCUGCACAACGCCAUUCUGGCACCAAUUCGAGCAGCUCUCACUCCCUUGAAGCCCCGAGCAACGCGAACUAAGCCUCCCAUGUCCUCGAAAACGUACUAAGGCGAACCCUCCCACCCCCAUAUGUCAAGCGGCGUCGACGUCCGACGACCCGGCAUUUGGUCUUACUUCAGUUUCUCUGGCCCGCGCCGACGCACCUCCGUCUCCCUGCCGCGCAGCAUCAACGACCCUGCCCACGACCCCUUCGAGAAACCGGAUCGGCACUCGCGGCAUCGCUCCAAUCCGGCGAACGGCUUCAUGAGUGAUUUCAAAGGCACAGCGAUGAAUGGAGGGCAGCGGGCACGCUACCUCAAGACAGGAGGGAUAAUUGCGUUUAUACUACUGGUGCUGUACUUUGUUGCGCCGAGGGAUGGAUUGUCGAGGGCAGGAGAAAGCUUCCAUAAGGGCAAUGACGGCCAGUCCGCGGCGCCAGGCGUACAAGCGAAGUGCACAAAGUCUAUCUCCAAGGACAAACCGCUCGUCCAGUACGCUCUCAUGAUCGACGCCGGCAGCACAGGCUCCCGCAUCCACGUCUACAAGUUCAACAACUGCGGGCCGACACCCGAACUCGAGGAGGAACACUUCGAGCAAACGGCGAAGAAGGAGGGCGGAUCAGGGCUCUCGUCGUACAAGGGCGAUGCUGAGGGCGCUGCGAAGAGCUUAGAUCCAUUGAUGAAGGUGGCUGUCGAGAAAGUCCCCAAGUCCUACCAGGCAUGCACACCCGUUGCCGUAAAAGCCACCGCAGGUCUCCGCAAGCUCGGCGACGAGAUGAGCAACAGAAUCCUCCAGGCUGUCCGUCACCGCCUUGAGGCCCAAUACCCCUUCCCCGUCGUCUCCGAAGAACAGGGCGGCGUGGAAGUUAUGCCGGGCGAGCAAGAGGGUGUCUACGCCUGGAUCACGGCCAACUACCUCCUGGGCAAGAUCGGCGGCCCGGACAAGACACCCACAGCCGCUGUCCUCGAUCUCGGCGGCGGCUCAACCCAGAUCGUCUUCCAGCCCACCUUCCCCGAAACCGCUAGCGGCGGCCUCCCCAACAAACUCGCAGACGGCGACCACAAGUACGAGCUCAGCUUCGGCGGCCGCGACUUCACCCUCUACCAGCACUCGUACCUAGGCUACGGGCUCAUGGAAGCGCGCAACAACCUGCACAGCGCCGUCCUCGACUCCGUCUAUCAGGAGAACAAAUCCAACGAGAACCGCGACUGGCUCCAGGAGCCUAUUGUGAACCCCUGCAUCGCGCCCAAGAUGAGCCGCGAAGUCGAAGUCCACCUCCCGCAGGACCAUGCGCUCGGGACCCCCGUCACGGUCAACAUGACCGGCCCGGCCGAAGCCUCGCCCUCCACCUGCCGCGGCAUCGCGGAGAAAACGCUCGAAAAGGACGCAGAGUGCAAGCUCGCGCCCUGCGCCUUCCGCGGCGUGCACCAGCCCUCGUUCGAGAAGACGUUCGCGCGCGAGGACGUCUACCUCUUCAGUUACUUCUACGACCGCACGCGCCCGCUCGGCAUGCCCGAGUCCUUCUCCCUCUCCGAGCUCAAGGAGCUCGCCAACCGCGUGUGCCACGGCGAGGAGCACUGGGAUGUGUUCCACAGCGUCGAGGGCGCGCUGGAGGAGCUCAAGGGCCGGCCGGAGUGGUGCUUGGAUUUGAACUUCCAGCUUGCGCUGCUGCAUACGGGGUAUGAGAUGCCGAUUGAUCGGGAGGUCAAGAUCGCGAAGAAGAUUAAGGGGAAUGAGCUGGGGUGGUGUUUGGGCGCUAGUCUUCCGCUCCUCGAGAAGGGCUCGGGCUGGCAGUGCAAGAUCAAGGAGGUGCACUAGCCGCCCCUCCUCCAUCUCCUCCUACACUGUAGCAUUUCAUCCGUUACUCUCCUGAGAGCACGUUUCGACUUUUCUCAGCAAAACCCCUUUACAACGACAUUUAAUCAUGCAUCCAUAGGCGUUGACUAGGUUCUUUUCUGCGGGCCUUCUUUUUUUUUCUCAUUAGAGAUGAUUUGGUUUGAGUUCGACAGCAUCGAGCUUUGAAUGUAUCGAGCAUUGAUUGGUAUGUGGACCGGGGGGGUUCAUGAUGUCGGGCCUGUGUCUGGGCUGUUUAUUGGGCAUGGAAG